AUGGACAGUGCUAUCACCCUGUGGCAGUUCCUCCUUCAGCUCCUAAAGGAGCCUCAGAACGAUCACAUGAUCUGCUGGACCUCUGAUAAUGGGGAAUUCAAGCUUUUGCAGGCAGAAGAGGUGGCUCGUCUCUGGGGCAUUCGAAAGAACAAGCCUAAUAUGAACUAUGAUAAACUCAGCCGAGCCCUCAGAUACUACUAUGUGAAGAAUAUCAUUAAAAAAGUGAAUGGUCAGAAGUUUGUGUACAAGUUUGUCUCAUACCCAGAGAUUCUGAACAUGGACCCAAUGACAGUGGGCAGGGUUGAGGGGGAGUGUGAAGCUUUAAGCCUCAGUGAGCUCAGCAGCAGUUCCAAAGAUGUGGAGAGUGGCGGGAAAGAGAAGCCACCACAGCCCGGUGCCAAGACCUCGAGCCGCAAUGACUACAUACACUCCGGCUUAUAUUCUUCUUUUACUCUCAACUCUUUGAACUCCUCCAAUAGGAAGCUUUUCAAAUCUAUAAAGGUUGAGAAUCCAGCUGAGAAAUUGGCAGAGAAAAAGUCUCCUCAGGAGCCAACUCCAUCUGUUAUCAAAUUUGUAACAACACCUUCAAAAAAGCUACCAGUUGAACCUCCUGCUGCCUCCAUUUCAGCUGGCCCAGGUAUUUCUCCAUCUUCAGAAGAAACUAUCCAAGCAUUGGAGACUUUGGCUUCCCCCAGACUGCCUUCCCUGGAAGCACCAACUUCUGCAUCAGGAGUUACUGCCCCUUUUACCACCACACCUCCUGUUUUGUCCAUGUCCCCUCUACAGGAGCCUCCUAGAACUCCUUCACCACCGCUGAGUUCCAACCCAGACAUGGACACAGACAUGGAAUCAGUGGCUUCUCAGCCAAUGCAGCUUCCAGAGAACUUGUCCCUGGAGCCUAAAGACCAGGAUUCAGCUUUGCAAGAAAAGGACAAAACUAAUUCAUCGAGGUCCAAGAAACCCAAAGGGUUAGAGCUGGCACCGACCCUUGUGAUCACGGGCAGUGAUCCAAGCCCACUGGGAAUAUUAAGCCCAUCUCUCCCUACAGCUUCUCUUACUCCAGCGCUUUUUUCACAGACUCCCAUCUUACUGACUCCAAGCCCCUUGCUCUCCAGUAUCCACUUUUGGAGUACUCUCAGCCCUGUUGCUCCCCUGAGUCCAGCCAGACUACAAGGUGCUAACACACUUUUUCAGUUUCCUUCUGUGCUGAACAGUCAUGGGCCGUUCACUCUGUCUGGCCUGGAUGGACCUUCUACCCCUGGCCCAUUUUCCCCAGAUCUACAGAAAACAUAA